AUAUGCUCGAUGGAAUCAAGUGGAAACGUUUGCUUUUCCGUCUACUACUCUUUAAAACCAAGGAAGUGGAGGUGGUGGUUGUAGUAUACGUCCUAUUGAAAUUACCUCAUUGGGGGUGUGGUGAAAUUCAACCAACUUCUGGUCGGUUGGGUUUUGGGGCGGGUAUCACAGGCUUCGUCACCGACUUACUCUUUGUAGUCUGUGUGAAGAUAAUGACGAAAGCAUCUAGGAUGGAGGGGGUGGAAAUAUGGGGAUAAUCAUAUUAAUUAGUUUGUAAAGAUAGAAAA